CAAAACGUCAAAAGCAGCUUAUCCAAGUGCAGCAGUGGUUUGUAAAGAAACCAAUGACGAGGGACAAAUAAUAUUCUACUAAAUCGUUGAAUCACGGUGAUGAGCAGCAGUCCCAUGGCAGGCUCUUCCAGCUCAGCGAGGGACCGCCCACCCACACGGACCAGCUUCAUCCCCGAAAUACAGAGCAUGAUGUUUGCUCUGGGAGAUGCUCGCAGACCCCUACAUGAGACUGCUGCUCUGGUGGAGGACAUUGUACACACCCAACUCAUCAACCUGCUACAGCAGGCGUGUGAGGGGGCGGUCCUUAGAGGGUCAAGGGUCAUCUCAGCUGAGGACAUCCUGUUCCUCAUGAGGAGAGACAAGAAGAAGGUGAGGAGGUUGUUAAGGUAUCUACAGUUCAGAGACUACAAGUCUAAAGUGCUGAAAACCAUUGAAGAUGAGGAACCACUGGAGUCAGAUAGGUGGGUUGUUGCCGGGAGUAACAAGCGCCAGCGGCUAGCAGGAGACUUCUUGUCCUGGGUGGACCAGACGGGAGAGUUCCUGUCCCUGUCUGACAACCAGGAAGUAGAUGACGUCAAACUGGAACGACUGGAGAGGUUGGAAAGACAGACCAGAGGGAUGGACAGUGCUCAGUACAGUGAGUUCUGUGAGAGUCGGCAGCUCAGCUUUGCUAAGAAGGCGUCUAAGUUCCGAGACUGGCUGGACUGCAGCAGUCUGGAGGUGAAGCCCAACACUGUUGCCAUGGAGAUCCUGUCCUAUCUGGCUUAUGAGACCACCGCUCAGCUGGUAGAUCUGUCUCUGUUAGUGAAACAGGAUAUGACUCCAAAGACAGACCCCUUCAGCCAUGUUGUGUCUGCCAGCUUCAUACACUACCACAGCAAUACAGAGGUAAAGAGAGAUCCAGAAUCUCCAGAGACCACGCCCCCCUCCACUCCUGGCUCAUCCCACUCCUCUAAGCCCUCAAAUGGAGGCUUGGGAUUGGACAGUAAGACCAGGCAAAGGAAACGCAAGAAGAGCUCAGCAGUGAGUGGUGUGGAGCCUCCCAGUGGAGCCAUUCAGCCCUGCCACAUCAGAGAGGCCAUCAGACGCUACAGUUACAGACACACGAGUGCUAAUAGGGGGAAUGGGAUGGCGUUCCUGGCCUGCUAAAGGCAGAAGAGAAAUGGUUCGACAGGCUGUUUUUUUAUGAUUUGAGAUUCUUACCAUAAAGACAGACAGGAAGUUAUCUAUUUCUGUUGAAGCCCAGACAACUUCCUGUCAUAUGUCACUUACUCUGCGUUUACACAGGCAGCCCAAUUCAGAUAUUUUUCAGAUCUGGUUGGUUAGACCAAUUAGUGAAAAAAAUCUGAAUUGGGCUGCCUUUGUAAAUGCAGCCUUAGUGUCCGGUUCAUUUUUUUUUUUUGGCCACAUUCACUCACAUUGAUUAUGCAUCACUGGUUUAUAUAAAAAGUUGUCUUUAAUAAAGCUAUUUGAUUAGACUGACUCAGUUAUUCAACACCAACCACAUUUCCAUCCAGUUUUUAUGCCAUACUGAAUAAAAAUAAUCUUCAUGACAGCUGUGAUGGAAAUACGGUCUGUUACAAUUUUAUAAAUGCCGACAGAAUUUGUUCGUUCGACAUGGUGGGAUCUUUUUGUCAGUACAAUGAUUUAUGCGAGAUAUGGUGGCAAAUAAUAUUAAAACCAUAACGAAGUCAACUUGGAGUCAUGUGAACAACAUGGUGUGUGGUCCUCCCACUAUGACUUGGGAAACCAUGCAGUUUAUUAAGCUACAGCUGAAAUAAGUUGUGAAAGUGCAGUGAUCUUGAUGCUCCAUUCCAAUAAAUAUUUAGGGUCUUAUUCUGGUGACGUGAUCGAUGCUUGACUGCCGUUUCACAAAUUAAAAUAUUCUCGUUCUUAUCCACAACAAUCUCAUGUAGACUAGUGAGCUGUUGGCUAGAGCACACGUGUCAAGACCAGAGUAGGUACAUUUGGUAUUUUAAUGCAACAGUUUGUGUGACAAAACUAUCAGAGUUGAAAAUGCAAUGGAAACAGUAAAAAAAUUCUGUACAUGAAAACUUAAAUAAAAAAAGUACAUUGUGUGCACU